UACACUUAGCGGCGGCCAGUAGUCGGCGGUGUGAUAAUGGGCCCAAUUCAAUUUUCUUGUCCCGGAACCACAUACAAAAACAGUACAUGUGAUUCUGCCAGCUCAUACUAUAAAGUUGGCUACACCUUUCAGAUCAAACGCACAGUCUAACAAUGGAUUUACCACCUGGGAUCGUCUACCUCAUCAGUUGCCUGCCACAGCUCCUAUUGCCCCCAACGAUAGUUUAUGGCCUCAACCGCAUCUGCGAUUUUGCAUUUGGCGUAUCCUUGCAAGGAUGGUCGCAGAUUCCUGCAUAUGUGUUAUCUUUUCCUGCUCUGUUUACUUGCAGUGUGCUCGCAGCAAAUUACCAUGAUAGGCGCCAGGCUGCCAUGCAUGGUGCUGUCCUUCCACCCAUGUUUCCAAGUAGAUUGCCUGGCAGUCUGGAUCUCCUCGCAGCCUUGGUACAAAAUUUCAAGAUUGGAUACAUGGGGGAACUAAUGGAAAAGCAGUGUAACACUCUUGGGCAUACAUUCAACAUGCGAGUCCUCUUUGAAAACAGGAUCUUCACCGCCGAACCAGAAUACAUAAAGGCAAUUCUAGCAACAAAGUUCACAUCAUUUGCGAAAGGGCCUAUGUUUUCGGACCAAGUCAACUCUCUCCUUGGCACCGGAGUGUUCAAUUCCGAUGGGGAUGUCUGGAAAUUCCACCGCUCGAUGACACGCCCGUUCUUCAGCAAAGACCGGGUCAGUCAUUUCGAUAUAUUUGACAAGCACGCGGAAGACGCGAUCAGUCAGCUGAAGAUUAGACUCAGAGAUGGCUACCCCGUGGAUUUCCAGGACAUGGUCUCUCGUUUCACCUUAGAUUCUGCGACCGAGUUUCUCUUCGGACAAGAUGUCUGUUCUCUCUCCGCUGGCCUGAUCUACCCACCGUCGUCGCCACGUUCUAAAGACAUCGCGUUUGAGAAUCACCCAGCCAACAAGUUUGCGCAUGCAUUCAGUGAGGCUCAGAUUGCUGCUGCCUAUCGCGGCCGAUUUGGCUCAGCGUGGCGCCUGUCUGAAUUCUGGACUGAUCGCGUUAAGAAGCACAUGGAUGUUUGUUACAAGUUCAUCGACCCGAUACUCAAGGAAGCAUUAGAAAAGAACAAAAUGCUCAAGGAGAACAUGGACGAGAAGACCGAUGCAAAGGAUAGGGAUGUCGAAGAAGGCGAAACGCUGCUUGAUCACUUGGUGAAUUACACAGAAGACCCCAUCGUCAUCAGGGACGAAAUUCUUAACAUCAUGAUUGCUGGACGUGACACUACUGCAGCUACCUUGACUUUUGUUAUCUACAUGCUCACACAGCAUCCUGAUGUUCUCCAUCGUCUUCGCGAAGAGAUCCUUAGCAAGGUGGGUAGCUCAAGGAGACCAACCUAUGAUGAUAUGCGCGAUAUGAAAUACAUGAGAGCAGUUAUUAAUGAAACGCUUCGACUCUACCCGCCUGUGCCAUUCAAUGUCAGGACCAGUACAGAACCAGCGGUCUGGCCGGGAAUCGAUGGGGGGAAACCGAUCUACAUCCCUCCAAAUACUAGGACACCUUACUCUGUAUUCUUGAUGCACCGGCGAACAGAUUUGUGGGGACCAGAUGCUCAAGAAUUCGACCCAGAUCGGUUCCUUGACGAUCGUCUCCGGAAAUAUUGUACCCCUAACCCAUUCAUCUUCGUGCCUUUCAAUGCAGGUCCCAGGAUUUGUCUCGGGCAACAGUUCGCCUAUAACGAGACUUCUUUCUUCCUCGUCCGACUUCUCCAGCAGUUCUCUUCAAUCUCCUUGGCCACCGACGUCCAGACUCUUCCGCCUGCAGAGUGGGCGGAGUGUUCUGGCCGCAAAGCCAUCGAAAAGGUCAUCAUCAAAAGCCAUCUUACCAUCUAUGCACAUAACGGGAUAUGGGUUAGGAUGGAGGAGGCUAGCCCUGUUGAGGUUGUGUAGAUAUAACGGACGAGCAUCACGACGACAAAAUCAUUUAUAUUAUCUGUACUGUACUGUGUCGAUGGCAUGGUACUUCCUGCUGGAACAACUUGAAUCUACUCUUUGUCGCUAUAUACGGAUUUACUUUUC